GUGCACGGUCGUGGACGCGGACCAUCGUCGUCGUCGUCGUCGUCGUAUUCAUCAGUGGUGUUCCUGUUUGUGCCUUCACCUUUUGUGUCCACUGUUGCUAGUUAGAGAGUGUCUUAUUUUCUUCUCGGAGUGUACAGCAAGUGUGUUCCGUGUGCCUUUUGGUCUUUACCCCAGCAGAUCGAUCGCCACUCGUAUUCCCUCCGCGAGAGAGAGCGCGCGCCCGUGGGGAAUGCCAUCGAUCGUCGAUCGUCGUUAAGACCAUAACAAAGCGUAACAACAACAACAGCAUCCCCCGCCCCCGCCCAAUCAACACCAACCAGCCCUAUAAAUUCCGUGUUUUUCGGUGGCUUCUGUGACGAUCGUGCGGUUCGCGAGAUGCAUUAGCACCGCCAUUACCCCCUGCCCGCGCAACCGCGCCCUUGUUUUGGGGCCAAACAACUGCAAUCAAACCCCCGUACACUCCGUGCCGAGCGGCGGGCUCCGGGUGUACGAAAUUCAUCUUUCAAGAGGCACAUUGCACUCUGUGCCACCACCACCCCAGGUGCAGAAGAAGAUCUACACAGCAGAAAGACCGUCGGCGCGAUCGCGCGCCGAUCGUUCAGACCGCGGGCGCCACACCUUACUGCACGCAACGCAACGAGAAGGAGAGAGAGAAAGAGAGCGAGCGUUUGUGUGGCUCUGUGUGUGUGUUGCGAACGGCCAACGGUGUCCGGCAAUAAUGGUGGUGGUCGGGUUGUACUCGCGGACGCGGACGACCAUGGUUGCUGGGCCUGGAUGGUUCGGGCUGGCGUGGCUGAUGUUGCUAGCGUUCCUGGUGGUGGUAGCGCCGCACGGUGGUGAGGCGCUCAAGACGACCGACGGUUCCCGGUACCCGGUGGAGCGGCGCAUCCGGGAGGAUCCGGAUCUAUCGGAGUUCUAUUCGAUGGUCGAGCGGGAUCCGACGCUGAUGCAGAUGAUGAAGCGUGAGGCGAUGACCGUGUUCGCCCCGACGAAUCGCGCCUUCCAAAGCUUCACUGGCAACAUGAAUGUGCUCUACCACGUCCUUCCCGAGUGGGUACCGCUGGAUCGGCUCGAUUAUCGGCUCGAGACGCUUGCUAACAGGGCGGUGGUGUUCAUUACCCGGCGCAAGAUACCGAUCGAAUCGCAAUACGAGGUGUUCGUGAACAAUGCGCAGAUCCUGGACCUUCGCGCCGCCAACCACAGCUACAGGAGCGAAACGAACAAGCAGCAGGCGCUCUACAUUAUCGGCGAUGUGUUGCUCGCGGUACCGACGUUUGGUGAAACCGAGAGGCUGGGUGGUAGCAGCGGUGACGGCGUGGUCGCGCACCGCAUCAGCACCUGGGAUUUGCUGGUACACUCGGAAUCGAGCUUCUUCGGCACGUUUCGUCUCGGACCGUUGAGGAAGCAGGUGACGCAACAGCAGCAGGAACACCUGUACCGUGGUCAGGGUUUUCACACGUUUUUCCUGCCCGUUGAGCAAAGCUAUAAGCCACGUUCCAGCCUGACGCGACUCGAUCGGGUGGGACUGGAGGGCCAUGUCAUCCCGGACCGGGUACUGUUCACCGCCUGCGCUCCGUACAACGAACCCCUGCAGACGCUGGCAUUUGGCGAGAACGUCAAGAUCACGAUCAGCUUCGUUAGCUACGGCACAGGGCGCGAUGCACGUGUGUACGUGAUGUCGCGAACGGCGCUACCGAAUGCACGACUCGCCUCUGGCACAGUGAUCGCGCAGAUCGUCAAGGCUAACCUGCCGGUCAGCAAUGGGGUGGUGCACCUGAUCAACCGUCCGCUGGUCGUGGUUGACAAUAAAAUCGCACAGGCGCUGCAGGAGGACGAGGAUGGGAUAUUUUCCAAGUUUUACGAUUUGAUUGCAGACUACGGACCGGAUUUCUUCGCAGCAUUGCAAACGGGAAGCGGUCCCAAGACGCUGCUUGUCCCCGACAAGGCAGCAGUCAGCCGGAUCCAGGAGUCCAAGUACCUCAACGAUCGCAAGAAGAUGAUGGAGGUGUUUAGAAUGCAUCUGAUACAGGAGUCGCUACCGAUCGAUCGAAUCAGGCGUUCCAGCACCGGUGUGAUUGGUCAUUAUGCGACGGCAGCGCCCAACAUGUUCGUCUACUUCGAUUUGCAGCAGAACCAGCAAUCGCACGAGUCGAUCGUCACUGUCGAAGGGGGUGGGGUGAACGCAACCGUCCUGUUGCCGGACAUUACCACCGUCGACGGUUAUAUCCACGUGAUCGAUCGUGUUCUUGGGCUGCCGCACAUGAACGUGCGCGAGAAACUCGAAACCGAUCCAAUGCUCAACCUGUCGUACGAGUUGGGCAUGCUCAAUCGGUUCAAUGAGCAGCUGAACAAAACGACCAGACGGUACACCUUCUUUGUGCCGCGCGAUCAGGCCUGGGUCAACUGGUUCACCAAGCGGACCUCGAGAAGGCUGGACGUGUUUCUCCAACACCCGGACAAGGUGCGUUCCGUUAUGGAACGGCAUCUGAUCAUCGCCGAUCGAGUGUUCCGGAUGAGUGAGCUAAAGAGCAUGUCGCCCGAGUCGCUGAUCCUGCCUACCAGCACCAACUCGGCCCCAUUGCGGCUUCGCGUGCGCCUAGAAGAUCGACGCUUUUUCAUCAAGUGGAAGGAGGGUGGCAACUGGAUCAGUGUGUUCCGGCACGAUAUCGAGUGCACCAACGGCAUCAUACACGUGCUCGACGAGCCGCUGAUGCUGGACACCGAUAUACCUGAGGCAACUAGCAGCGCCGCUGGUGGACUCAUCAGCACUCGGAGCAUACUCAUCAUCGUGGGCUGUACGAGCGGUGCUCCUGCAUGGUUUCUGCUGCUGGCGUUGGCACGCUGCAUCUCAACCAUCUGGCAGUAACUGGUAGUGUGCGGUACGUUGAAUGAAGCGGGUGAGUGGCCAACACAGUACCAAAAUCUCCUUCCUGCAUCGUUUGCCUUACCCCGAAGCUUUAAACUGAUUUACUUGGCUGGUCGUGAUACUGGACCACAAGUACACCAGUCACAGGAUUAGUUUAAAGCUGCCAUUCCGUUUUGAUUGUAAGUCUUCAUUAGGGUUUUAGGAUCUCUCUUUCUCUCUAGCAUUACGAGCGAUGUGGAGCAGCGUCGAUGUGUUAUACACACACACACACACACACACACAUACAUAUAUACACACAAACACACGUACGUUUCCUCCCAUCACUACCAUAAGGAGGUGCGAAAUGUUGUAUUAUGGAAUUUCUAUUUACAUGUAAACCGCUGAAUUUAUACAAGGAAACAAACAAACAAACAAACAAAACGAGAAUCGUAACCGUUUGCACUGGGCAUGCGGUGGUAGUAAUAGACGGCCAACUUUCUAGCGAUAAGCAUGUGUGCGUGUGUGAGAAUGAAAUGUAAGGACGUUUUCGGACGAUGAGCCGGAGCGACGCGUAGGUGGGUGCGACGCGCGAGAGGCAAAUGUAUUUUUCUGAAUUGAACUUUUGAAUCUCGAUAAUGUACUAGAGAUCCCAGCAAGAACUAGAUGCGUAAAUUAAAGCCAGCUGUGUAUGUGACAAUUGAAUAGAACGUGUGUUUUGGAUUUGAGAAAAUUAAGUCUUUGCGGACC